AUGGAUGUAAGUGCUAGUACUUCCAUGUAUCCCAAGCAAGAUACUUAUGAAUAAUAUACUUAGGCAAGUAACUUAAAAUCUAGUAAUCUUAAUAGAAAAUCUACCAAGAUUGAAUACCUUUCGUAAGAAAACAUCUAACUGAAAGAAGAAAUUUAAGAACUAUAAAACAUGCUUCGGCUAAAUAAAGAAGCCUUAAAGAUUGCAGUUAAUGGAGUUGGAAAUACUUCACCAGGUUCAGAUAACUUAUAGGUGUAAAGUACAAAAGUUAAAACAACAGACUCUCGUGGUGGCCAAUCUUAAAGUGGAGAUAACCCAAAAGCAUUAAAUAUGGUUUUGCAUGCACUCUAUGAAGAAAAUUCUGUACUUUCAAGAAAAAUAGAAAAAUUGACAGAAGAAAGAAAUAUUGCAUAAAGCAAAGCAUUUAUAAAUGAAUAAAUAUCUGAAGCAUCGCAGAAGCAUGAAAGAGAAUUGAUAAUCGAGCUAGAAGAAAAAGUUUAAAGAUUAACACAAAAGCUGAGAGAGAGUGAAAAAACUAUUCAUCAACUAGAAAGAUGCACUCCAGAAUAUGAUGAAGAAGCGGGUAUCGUCAUAAAAUACAGAGAUGUGAUUAGUGUAAAUGAGCAAACAAAAGUAAUGCAUGAUGAGAUGGAAAAACUAAAUGCAAUUAUUGCUAAAUAAAAAAAAAGUAUUGAUGAAUUGAAGAGUGAUAGAUAAGAUCUACUCAGAUUAAAUAUGUCUCUUAGCCAAGAGGUUGUCAAGCUUAAAACAGCAUUACAAGCUUCCCACACAAGCGGAAGAAUGAAUUUUGAUGCUAUUUCAGGUCCUGCUCCGAAUGCCUAAAUGCUAAUUAAUUUCCAUUAAAAAUUGGCUAAGAAUCCUGAUGACAGUGAUGAAGAAGCUGAGGACUAUUCGUUUGACCAGCUUCCAGAUAAAUGUGAAAAAAAAGUAUAAGAAAAAUCACCUAUGGCAACAGGAGAAGAAAACAAAGUAAACGCCCCAAAAAUGGCAAUACCUAUAUUGAACUUAGCUAAAGCUAAAUAAAUUAUGGAAUUGAAUGCCAAAAAAUCUACUCAAUAACAACAAUUAAAAGAAGCACAAUAAGGAAAUAUUCAAUUAUACAUUGAGAAAAUAAAAAAAUUAGAAAAAGAUAUUGAUAUUGCUAGAAGAAAUUUGAGUAGAGAAAUGCUUCUUAAUAAAACUCUAACCAUCUAAAAUGAAUCUCUAAAAAGGUAAACAUUGGAACUAGAAUCAACAAAUGAAAUUCUGAUAAAUUCUCAUCAACUAUUUGAGGAAAAGUGGACAAAAAUUGUGAAUGCUUUUGAAUUUUACAAAGAAUACUAUAGAAAACAUGUAGAAAUGAUUUCGAGUAGAAAGAGCCCUUAAUCCCCAAAUCGCUCUAUUUUACAAUCAGAUAAUGAUAAUAGCUAUGAUGCAGAAAGAAUCAUGAAGAUAAAGAACUAGCAACAAAACAUAUGUCUUUCACAAAUCCAAAGAAUGCCAUCACAAAUUUAAAAAUCGCUUAUGUAGGUUAAUUAGGAUGAUUAUAAGUUUGAGGUCGAAAGAAAAUAAUAAUUAAUAAUAGAUGGAGCAUAUUCUAAAUAAGAUGCUAAAGAUUUUAUGGUAUCGAUGGCUAAAGACUUGUAUUAAUAAUUAGAAAAAAAUAAAUUUGAUAAAUUAGCAGAAAAUCAUCACCCUGAAAUGAAUGAAUUUCCUGCAAAGGCAAUAAAUGCAUUAAAAAAUACAGCAUCAACAGCUUCAUCUUAAAGAAAACUUAAAAGGUGCUUUAGCAACACACUAGAUUAUGUAAAUUAGUAAAAGUUUUAAGAUGAGCUUUAAUAAAUGAUGGAAGUCCAACAAAAUAUUAAAAGCUAAAAUGAUAAAAGCAGCAUUCUAUUCCUAUAAUAUAAUUAAAAAUAAAAGGAUAUUUCUGACAUUAAAAUCGUAAAUGCCGUGAAUUGA